AAGUGACAUCAGAGACGGAACAAUAGAAUAUGACUACGCAUACUUGCUGCCACUAAAAGACCCUCAAAUCGGAAGAAUUAUCAUUUGAUGGGAAGACAGGAAAGAUGUAUGUAGCUGCGAACAUAAGCCAUUAAACUUCGAUUCCUGGGAAACUUUGAGGAAAUAGCAAGACAAUGGGAACUUCAGACUCCCGGCAAGGCAAAGAAAGCGACGAACUUCAAUCCCCACCGAACUACCUGUGCGUCACUGCGGUAAAGCCCGCAACAAUCCAUCUGAUUAAUGGCGGGAAAGACGAGCAAAUAAUCAUCCAGGAAGCCAUCACAGAAUCAUGGGAACAAGGAAUCAAAGAUGAGACACCACAAAAGCACGGCCACUCGUGGACCCUACAGGAAUUUCCUUUUGGGUAUAACAAGCAAGGGUUCUAUUGCCCUGCCAGGGAGAUCCGUGUCUUGUCUAAGAUCAUCCAAAGUUUAGAUAAAAAUGGAUGGCUUCUUGCAGGGGUAGCCGACCUCUCGAGGCGGUUUGUCUUCUCCCAGUGGUUUUUUAUCCGAGGGAGUGGCCAACAUAGCGAGUUGGACUACCCUUGUGUCUCGCUUAGCAGUGUUGACACGAUCUUAUUUGUUAAUAUUCCGAGUCCGUUUUAUGCUCGGAUAAAAGAACUGAUCCUCAAAUAUUGGGAUAAAGGAAUAAAAGAGAGCAAGGAGGAGGAAAACACGCUUGAGUUGCAACUGAAAGGCAAACCCUGGCAUGGGAAGAUACUCUCAAUGCCUGCAAGACUCCUGAUGACACAGCUGUUUGGGCUCUUUCACAGGAAAUAUAACCUGGAGCUCUACUGCCGAUUGAACCUGCGCUGUAAGGCAGACAGUUUCUUGUUCAGACCUAAGGUAAAGGAGUCGAAGGAUGAGAAUACCUUUAUGGGGAUUUGCCUGUACGGAAAGAGUGGUGUCUUGAUAAUCGACGCACAAUCUGAGGCGAUAACAAUUGUGCGCAAGGUACUACAAGAGACGUGGAUGUGGCGCGGAGGGAUCAAAGAUGAGAAGGAGUACGUUGCAUGUUAUGGGUUUACCCUAGCUGGAUCGCCUUGGUGGUCUAGGAAACGCAAGCAGAGUGCUAUGUCCAGACUUGUUAUAUGUCGACUGAUUGAAGAAUUGCAAUCGAGCAGCUGGAAGAUCAUUACUGGCGCCGCCUUCUCCAAACAUAGCAUGAACAAAGACAUGUUAGUCUUCCAGAAGUGUAAGCCAAUGAAUGUAAGUUCUAUGUGCCUUUGCCCGGUGGGCGCUAACAAGUUACGCCUGGUUAACGCAACCUCGGAGAUUUUCGCUACAGUCAGAGAGCUUAUUCAGACCCACUGGCCGACGCGCAUCAAAAGAGAGAGACGCUACAGAACGCCGGCAGCCUUCUUGGAGUUCAAACUCAAUGGGAAACCAUGGUCUGGGAAAACUACCGACAGCUUCUCUGCUUCAAAUAUGAUGUGUUACAUUAUGCAAGAGUUACAACGACAAGGUUGGAAGUUGGCGCUGUCAGCGGACAUUGCUGCGAAGUACAUGUAUCCUGGCGAGGAUGAUGACGACGAUGAUGAUGACAACUACGCGAUUGACGUACAGAGUCUUUGGUUUGUUAACCAAUCACGAGUGGCGAGUACAUCCGGGAAGGAGGACGACAGCCUGUUUGGAGAAGAGAACCCAUCGACAACUUUUCUCACUGAGACUACGGCUGUACGUUGAAUAUAAUAACUGGAUCGUAACAUUACCUGUUUCAAAGGUAUUCAAUACGUGAAAUUUUUCAAUUCAAUUUACCGGAGAGGUGCAUCAGUCGAAAGUAAGAGAACUAUUGAAAGAACCUUACUCGUUUAUAGUUUACAUGUCAUAAAUCCUAAAUAGCAUUCAAAAGUCUAUUUGACAACAGUAGCCGGUAUGUUUAUAAUAAUUAGAUACGCAAUUUGUAGCACUAGGGCAGAUUAGGGUCUGUCUCGAUAUAGAGGUACAGCGAACACGGAAUUUCACGAGUGAAACCCGAGAGGAGCACGUCUGAUUACGAAAUGUAACGGGAUUGACCCGAGAUAAACGCAGCGAACACGGAAGUUCACGAGUGCAACCCGAGAGAGCACGUCUGAUUACGGAUUGUAACUGGAUUGACCCGAGAUAAACGCAGCGAACAUUGAACAUCGUUGUUAGCAUAUAACGUACGAUGGGAUCACAGUGCAUUGCACAACUCUCCAGUUAGUGUGUUCUAAAGGGAGAAUUUCAUUAAUUUUGUAGUGUGUUCUGGAGGGAGUAUUUCAUUAAUUUUGUAGUGUGUUCUGGAGGGAGUAUUUCAUUAAUUUUGUAGUAUGUUCUGGAGGGAGUAUUUCAUUAAUUGUGUAGUGUGUUCUGGAGGGAGUAUUUCAUUAAUUUUGUAGUGUGUUCUGGAGGUAGUAUUUCAUUAGUUUUGUAGUGUGUUCUGGAAGGAGUAUUUCAUUGAUUUUGUAGUGUGUUCUGGAGGGAGUAUUUCAUUAAUUUUGUAGUAUGUUUCGAGCUCGGGUAUGAUUUGCUGCAUACUCACAAGAGUUCUUUGCAGAUGUUCCCUGGAUACGGAAUGAGUAGGUAUAUGGCUUAAUAUUGAAGAUACAUAUAUACAGAUAUUUACACCAAUUACUGAACACUUGAAUAUCAAUUAGGAAGUAAUCAAUUAACCCCACCAAGGCAGAGAGGAAAAGAGAGAAACAACGAAUCCAACGAGACAAAAGGGUGUGACCCAUCUUUUUCUAUCUCGAUUUCCACAAGGCCAAUUGUAAACCUACUUUGUUCUAUUCAAAGAACAAAAUGGAAUGUACCAUCUCCUUCAUUAAAACCCCUAAAACCAGGGGUUGGGAGAGGCUUCCCCCCUAAAAAAGUCAUAUAUGCUCAUCGAGAAAAUAGAUUUUACCCCUAAGGGAUAGCUGAAUGGUUAAAGUCACAGAAAUUACAACCCUAAAAAAGAAAUUUGCAGGGUCUUCUAGACUUAGUUGUACUUUGUUGUACCUAUUCCAAUGCAUGAUAAUCUGUUAGCAUAUCAAUUUAUUUCUUGUCGGCAAACAGCUCAAAAUACACUAGAGGAUAGCACUUGGGCAAGUUUACACCCUAUGGGAUACCAUGAGCAUAUGUGACUAUUUUACCAUUUACGGGGACCCCCCCCCCCCGGCAUAAAUUAACAAUUCAACAAUAUAACUGUACUCAGUCUGAUAGUGCUAUAAUUUGAUAUAUAACUCUAUAAAUAACCAGGGGCGUACACAGGGGGUUUACAGGGUGCGCACACACCCCUCUUGGCGGCCAAAAAGUGGGGUAUUUCUUGUUGAGGAAUAUUGAAAUACUAUGAUUUUUCCAUAUGAUACCUAUGACUGCACACCCCACCCCCCCCCCCCCCCCUCGGCCAAUCCUGGGAAGACGGCUGAUUAUUAUUUUUUUAUAACAAAGCCUAUGUCACUUGUACUGUUAUAUAUUGAUGUACUGUGUGUAUGUACUGCUUGUAUUUGUAUUUCUGUUGUUGUUGAUGGUUUUUUAUAAAUUGCAAUCAAUACAUGCCCUUGACUAUCAGUCAAAAAAUUUGA